CGGCCCAGCGGGCUGUCGGUGGCGGAGGUUCCUGCAGCGGUUGCCGGCUUUGGGCUGGCGAGCUGCCCUACGCUCCUCAGACCUGACCCUUUCGGCAUUCUGCUCUCUCGCUCGCUACCUCGCUCCUUGGCGCCAUGACCACCACCACCACCUUCAAGGGCGUCGACCCCAACAGCAGGAAUAGCUCCCGGGUUUUGCGGCCUCCAGGCGGAGGAUCCAAUUUUUCAUUAGGUUUUGAUGAACCAACAGAACAACCUGUGAGGAGGAACAAAAUGGCCUCUAGCAUCUUCGGGACACCUGAGGACAAUCCCCCUUCCUGGGCCAAGUCGGCAGGUGCCAAGUCUAGCGGUGGCAGGGAAGAUUCUGAGUCAUCUGGACCCCAGAGAAGGAACUCUUCUGAAGCAAACUCUGGAGACUUCUUAGAGCUGAAGGGAGAAGGUGACAUUCACGAAAACGUGGACAUGGACUUGCAGGCCAGCCUGGGGCAGAGCGAGGAAAAGCCCGUGCCCGCCGCCCCUGUGCCCAGCCCGGUGGCACCGGCCCCCGUGCCGUCCCGGAGAAACCCCCCUGGCGGCAAGUCCAGCCUCGUCCUGGGUUAGCUCCGUCUGCCCAGAACGCUGUCGUUUUGUUUCUUUGUUUUCUCCAUGCUUGUGAACUGCACAACUUGAGCCUGACUGUACAUCUUUUGGAUUUGUUUCAUUAAAAAAGAAGCACUUUA